UAAAAUUUACACCCCCCCCCUUUUGUAAUGCUGCUACUAUUUGCCUUUCGAAGCAUUUUACACCUAUCAAAUGCAAAGUGUAUCAGUGUGGCAAGGGGGCAGCAGUUUCCCCUACAACUUGUACACCUGUUGAUGAUCAACUGUGCCGAAACAUACGAGUAUAGUGUUUGAAUAAGAGGAAGAGACGAAAGCUUUUGAAAUGGGAAUUUUAAUACAUCGACGAAGUUGCACAGGGACGGUGAGAUGGGAAAGUGCUAGUUUAGAAUGCACAGUGCAAUAGGAUGCAGCAGUAUAAUGUGAUGUUGAGUUUGUCGUAAUAGUAUAUUUACUCAGUGCGUGAAAAGUAAAUUAAUUCCUUCACGUGGAAUUUGCUGACAUCUUGUACGAGACAAAGGAGCCGGAAUAGCUCAGUCGGUACAGCGGCUCGCUAGAGGUUGGACGGCCGGUACUUGAUUCCCAGCACGGACAAUAGGUUUUUCUCUAUCCCACAGUGUCCAGAUGUUCUCUGGUGGCCCACCCAGCCUCAUAUCAAACUGGUACUACAGGUUCUUUCCUCGGGAGCAAGGCGGACGAGGCAUGAAGCUGAUUACUCAUCUCUAUCUAGUAUCGAGGGGAGUCUGAAGUGACAACAACUGAGCACAAAAAUCCGCAACGCCUCCCUCCUCCGUUGCCAAGCCGCAGUCUAGUAGGCUUCUCUCCUCAGCUACCGAGACGGCGACACCCGGCAGGCCUUCGUCCAACGCUUUCUGCGGCAGAUGUGUCCGUCUUCGAUGUCCCGGAAAAGCUGACGCUCUUAGAAGUUAUGUGGCGAGACGAAUUGGUUCGCCGUCAAACCGAGCAGAGAGUCAAAGUGUGACAAGACAAGAAAGAGCAAGCAAGCAGAACAAUCGAAUCACACAAUCGGAUUAAGAAGAAGAGGUAUUAUAUAGUCACCGUGAGAAAAUGGCUGCCAUAACAACAGUCCGUACAUCAACCCAAGAUGAUACACAGAGAAUACCGGACGAUGGGCAAAGUCCAAAAGCCGAGCAGUCUUCUUGAUUGUGAACUUGAGGCAGAGUUGCUGGGUCUGGAACUCGGAAGACCAAUUGGAGCCGGAAGUGACUGGCGCCCAAGGGAAGCAAAUCCUGGGGGGCGGGCUUGUACCUUCUGCCAGACCGAAUUUGGGAUCCUGAUGAACAAAGGAGUUGACUGUUGUGACUGUGGGUGCAGGAUUUGCAAGACAUGUCGGGUACGAAACGACGGCGGGACUGCUUGGCUUUGCCUCAGGUGCGACAAGCGUAGGACGGUACAAAGAGCGCCUGGUGACUGCCUGUGUGGGAAUACAAGCGAUCCAGAUCGGGAACCAGGACCAUCUCAUCACGUUAUGGGAAGAAUAUUCGAGUCAUUGAAUGCAUCAAGUCCAUCACGUAGUUGGGCUGCUCUGAACGGAUCAGAUGAAUUGGGAUCUAACAGUCUCCCACAUGACGAGGAUUGUUGCUAUCCAAUUCCAAAUGAUACCCCCAAUUCCUCUCCCACCCCCUCAGAUUCUGACAACAUACUGAAUAUUACAUCACUGACUUCCAGUAUCAAUGGUGCUUUUCCCUCAUCCAAAUUGAAACGGCAACAUUCAGGGAGCUCAGCUGAUGAAGAGGGAGACACAUCAGAUAUACCGCAAUUCCAGUCACGUGUUCAAGAGCCACAAGUACAACUGUGUGGUUGUUCAUCGCCUCCAACUCCUCGACCUAGAGAACUGAUGAGGACGCCACAGUUUGGUGAUGGAAGUUGUCAGCGUUCCUCUGAGGUAGUGGCCAACAGCAGGCAUUAUGAUGAUAUCAGACAGUCAUUCAGUGAUGAUUCAAGUCCAACACCUGUUCGUAACAGUACGCAUGAUCAACGAGAUGAACAGGAGAGACCUAUGUCUGAAAAAGAUACAAGAAGAACCUCCGUGACUGGUGAAGAGCAGAAAAGAAACUUAGCGCUUGGACGUAAUGACAGAGAAGGUUCUCUGACUGAUGAUGACCCUGGUACUUUAUCAACUGCAUCUGUAAAAGGAAGUUCAGGGGACGACGGCGUCGAUACAGAGCCGUUGUUCAAGAAGGUCAUCUUAAAGAAGCGGCGUGUGGAGAGUCGUCGAUUGGUGCAUGGAGGAGGUGAGAUGUCGUCGCGAGCCCGCCGCAACACUCGGGUCACUGAGAGCCUGCGAGUCACUGAGGUGUCACGCCGUGUUGUGACCUCAUCCUCCGACGUGUUGCACAUAGAGUCAUCUCCACAGCAGGAUCUGCUCUAUCCUUACAACUUGCUGGAAUCUGCGAGAAUCCUACAGCCGGAGGGUGAUGACUACAAGCUCGUGUUUAUCAGUUCGGACUCGUCGUCGAAAGAGGAGGAAGGCUCCCACGAUUCGGAUGACGAUGCGGCAGAUGAAGAUAGUUCAUCUACCUCUUCAGUUGGUGGCGGCGUCACUUCCGGUUUCGAUUGUGACUGGGAUUACUUUGAAAGUUCCUCUGCUGUGCGCCCGAUACUCAGAGACUGGACAUGGAACAAGGGUACUGGAGGCGGAGGAGAAUCGUCAGACGAUCAGCAGCAGACAUUUCUGAGAACAUCCGGCUUCGAUUCCCCGCCGAGUCUCUCCACUUCUUGCCGAAAGCGUUUGUUGUACAGCACCAGAGGCCCCACCCUGGACUCCGAUGACGUAAAGACGGCUCAUAUGCCAAGAGAGGCCUCUUCUCCGGCGUCGUCUUCCGACGGUGGCAGUUUCCUCAGACACCGCCGGUCACCUGUUACUGAUUGUUCUGCUCUGGACGAUCAGGUGAUGAGCGGGAGCUACGUGGGCGUAAAUGUAGACGGCAGAUCAAGGCCCUCCCCGCAAGAUUCCCAGCGCGGGUCAAGGCCUCCUCCCCCAUCCAUGUUCUAUAAUCCGAGACAACAGCGCCAAUAUUUCACACGUGGCGAUUCGUUGAGGUCAAGUGGAGAGAGAAGUUUAGAAGAAAUCACGUUUUCGGAUCAUUUCUAUUACUAUGGCUGUUCUGCACGAGGGGAGAGAGGAGAAGAGUUGUCGAACCGGCCGCCAGGUGGGGAGGAUAUUGCCAACGCACGGUCAGCAAGAACCGGCAGUGUACACCAAUGCGGAGUGGACAGCGCGUCGCGCGACCAUGUUCCUGCGGCAGCAACCACAACCACCACACCGCUGAGAAGGGGUUCUUGCGAGAACUGCGGUGCCGUUGACACCCCCGCAGUGUUCACCGCGACCGUCCCUGUGCCCGUACCGGUACCUAUACCAGUGCCGGUACCCAUACCCGUUCCAGUACCGGCGUCCCUGUGGCCUCAGACCUUCUCCACUCCACACCACCAGAUGCAAGUGGCAACUAAUGCCGAUACAGUGAGUGUUGCCGAUAUUGUGUACUUGGGAGCACAGGAGGGGGGCAGUGACGGCGUCACCACGGCCACCGCGUCUUCUGCAGCUGGUACUGGUGUCAGGAUACGAAUACGGAGCUACCAGCGGCCGCCUGCCAUCUCACACGUCGUGGUGGGCCCUUGGUGCACCUGGCCCAUACUGUCCCCCACAGGAGAACCAUAUUGCGCGUCGGGGUUUAUCAAUGUGGUGGGAGGAGAAGCGGCGAGUGCGUCUGCUGUCAGUGUUGGCGCUGUUAUCAGUUCGGAGCAGAUAGCCGCAGUACCUGAGCAGGACGCCAGCGUGGCCGAGCAGUCUCCUAUCAAACAGAGCAUUCCUAAUGAGUGUUCAGUAGAUGCUACCCGUAAUAGUGACCAGUGCUCCGCGGAUAACCAGUUGGUUCACGCAGAGUCCAAAAAAAGUGCGCAAAAGUGUACGGAAUCGAAUAAGAAAGCAGGCACGAAACAGGGAAACAAACGUAAGCAGAAACAGAAGCAAAGGAAACAGAAACGUGAAGCUGAACAGAAGGCGGCGGCAGCAGCGGCAGCGGCUACGUCGGCUGUGCCGGUAAGCGAGGUUCCUGCUUACCACGAGCAACAGAAAGCAGAUGAACUUCGACAGGAUGGUGACGUAACACAGACUGAAUCAUCACAGCGACCAGAAAUGAGCGAAGAAGAAAGGAAAACCGAAGAAAUAAUGUUCGAACCUUCGUGCGUGGAAACCGAUAAAGUGCUUGACAACAGUAGCGAUAUCUCUGUCGCCAUAACUGACGUAACGAAUGAUAAGGAACAGUUGAAUGUGAAGGAAAGUGUGUUGAUAAGUGACAAGGAGGUGAGGCGAAUUGAGGAUUGCGAUGAUAAUGGUGUCGUCCUAGUUAUGUUCAGACAGUUCAAGGACGAUGAUUCGGAAAAUAUUGAUGUAAAUAAAACUGAAUUGCUUAUAGAAAGUUCGGGAGAAUCUGUAUUACUUCCGGUGUCUGAGGCAGUGCCCGAUCCUGGCGCUAAAAACAGGAAGCCUAAGAAAAGAGGACGGAAGAAAAAAGGUAAUAAGCCGGCCUCUGACAACAGCAAACAGGAAAGAAUUAUCAUAGCAGGCGCCCCCAUUAUAAUAUCUGAUGUCACAGAAGGUUUAGCCCAUUUACCACGAGAAAGACUAUCAUCAUGCUCUUCUUUAUCCUCCAAAAGCGAUUCUGACGAGGAGAACAACACCGAUGUUAAAAGGACAUAUUAUUUCACAUCACGAGAUGAUAGUGAUGCGUAUAGUGACGCUGAUGUGAAUAUUAACAUCGAAAGAAAGAAUGGAGAACUCGGGGGAAACAAUGACAUCGUAACGAACACGAGUGAAGAAGAAGAAGAAGAAGAAGAAGUAGACGAAGAAAUGGGGAAAGAGGAAGCGGUGGAGGAGGGUGCGGCAGAGGAAUGUGUUGAGUCUGCGAUUCCGGUCGCUAGAGAAGGCUCCACGCCUCUUGUUGCAGACGAUGACAGCUCCUCACGCUGUAGCACAGAUACGGAAAGCGGUCACCCGGAUGGACAGCAUUUCUCGACAGUGUUUGUAGUGAACAGCAGCAGUGAUGGUGAGGAGAGCGGUGCUGAGGAUGUCCCAGUGUGUCUCACAAAGAUAAAGAUCAUAUCCGAAGAUGACUUAUUGACGGUCACAGAAAUUCGUUCGGUUGGCGAGACUGUAGAUCAGGAUACACAUGUUAAAUCUUGCCUUGACACACCAGACGAUGGAUCUGUUGCGUGUGCAGAAACUGAAAUAGUUGGUGUUGUCUUACUGAGUCAUAAUGUCUGCCAGGAGGGCAUACCUGCCGUAUCAGAACAGACUGUACAUGAAAGUGAAAGCGUUGAACUUAAACAUGUUACCGAAAGUGUGACUGCACCGCUUGAUGAAAUGGUUGAAACUAUAUUCAAUAAUGAAACAGAUAUAUCUAAGUCUGACGUGGAACUAGGAAAAAAUGGAAGUAGGAGUACAUUUAUAAAUGGGACUGUACCUGAACACCUCAUUACGGAUAUGAUAGCGUCAGACCGUGAAGAAGGAGACGAACAGAGUUUGAGGGGUGAAGUAAAUGAGGGGAGAAAUGAAUUACAUUCAGUGGUUGUACAGAAAAUGGAAGAGGGGGAUACGACUGACGUUACUACAUACAUUAAUGAGUCAGAGUAUAAUGACAUCAUUGUAGCAGCUGAAAAUGAGUCCGAUUUUCAUGAAAAUAGCAACGACACAGAAGAAAAAAUCGAAUUAUUAAAGUACACAGAGAUGAACAUCAGUAACUAUAACAAAUCAGAGAACGAAGCUGCAAAAUCAAAUUCAGAUGGUUUUGAAAAACACAGUGACCAGAAUUUUUCUCAUUUACCUGUGGUGUCAGCUGAUGGAACAGAGUCUGAAAUAGUGACAGAUAACAUAUUGGAUACGACAGAAUAUGAUGCAACGCUUCAGUUAUCAGCUGCGACUUGUAACAAAGCAGCUGACACUGGUUCAUUGCAACCAGACAGGAAUAUGGACUGCAGUAAACCGUUUGUUCAGUCAUCCGUGGAAAUGCCACAGUCUUCUUCCGGCGAUCCUGCAGAGGGUAAACAACAUACUUCCGUUUUGUACCAUUCUGAAAGAAAAGAAGUGGAGGAAGUGGAAGAAUCAGUCUUUCAGGAUGAACCAUUUGAAGAAGAAGAAGAAGAAGAAAGGGGUGUGGAAAGUGACAGUGUGUCAGUAACAGAGUCCUGUAACGCGCAUGAGCAGAAUGAAGAUCAGGUCAUUAGCACAAAUCCUGUUACAGUUAUUAGCGAGCAGAUCGGUGCCUGUAAUAACAGUGCAAGUUCUUAUAAAGAUGCUAUGUCAAGUGAUUCCAGCUCCCUCUGUUGUAAGGACGACGUUAUUUCCCCUACAGACAGUACAGUACAAGACAGUUCUACAGUUUUAAUGGAGAUUUGUCCAAUCGAUUCAGUUCCCAUGGCAGCUAAUGGAUUUCAUAUUGAAGAAAUCGUGUGUGAAAGCAGUCCAGUGCUCCAGUCAGAUGAAAUUAUGGCAAAAAUAACAGAAGAUAUUAUAUCUGAAGUAAAUGUUAGUGAAACGGUUAAUAGUGAAGAUUCGUGCGGUACUUUUAACAAAGACUACAGCCACGUGCUACUCUCUGCCGACUCUCUGCAGCAGACUGCAGAAUCGACCUCGUCUAGUGAUUCAGUUAUAUCAGAGACAGGUGAUAUUACAGGCAGGCUUUUCACCGACACAUGUGUUGUUGAAUAUAAACAGGAAGAUAUUAUAGAGGCCAGUUGUGUAUCAGUCGGUAAUGCAGCAUGUAAUGAGAGAGAACAGUGUGCUGUAGUUUCGCAGGUCUGUAAUAGAGAGAGAACAGGAGAAAUAAACGUUAGUGUAGACGAUAAUAUUAUUGCGAUCGAUAAAUGCGAGAAAAAUGUGAGUGUUGAAAAGUCACCUGUUGAAUCAAUUGUCGACGACGUUAUUGUUGUCGAGGAGGAGGCCAAGACGGAGAUCCGGUCUAGUGGUGACCCCGUUACGUUAACAACUGUGCUUCAGUCCACUGGGAGCGCUAGCGUUGCAGGUGAAGACCAGCUGCAAGGUGUGUCGUGUUUAGUCGUGACUGAGUCUGCAAAAGAGAAAGACACGUUUGAUGUCCCCUCUGGGGAACCCCGGUACACGAGCUUAGUGAUGAUCACGCAGAACCACCUACACCAGGAAUCUGUGGUGAGCGUCGUCACCAGCGAAACUACGACGCUUGUUCCUGCUGACGUCAUAGUGAGACACACGAAUUGGGAGGAAGAUGGCGGCGACGCGUCACCAGUUGAGAACACAGCUGGUCUUGCAGGAUAUUUCACGCUCACGUUGGAGACUCCGGGAGCCUCGCCGUCUUGUAAGAAACCUCUUAUUACCAAGACGCGUCCCCAGAUCAUUAAGAAAGAAGAGACGGCCCCUGUGGCCCAACAGGAAAAGGGAGAACAGGAUUUGGUGAAAGUGGUGACAGGUGGUGAUACGUUAUCUGCUGUGGUGUGUCUCGAGGAAGGGCUUGCUGACGAUGAUUCGUGGGUGGAGGAACUCGACAACACGGGCAGUAACCACGAGGAUGAGGAGUUCGCCACGACAACACCGACGGAGGAAGAUUCUGAUUCCGGUGACGAAGUGACACUUUCCUCGGCGUCGGCGGCAGCGUCGUCUUCUUACUCGACGGACAGAGAGGAGGAGCUACGUGGUUACCAUCGGUCAGCCAUAGACUUCACGCUCCACACAAUCGUGGAGGAAAGCUGUGAAGAGAGCGAGGUGGAACAAACGCCCGAAGAGAAGAGAGGCAAGAAACAACGACCCCCCUCCGCCUCAGAGUUAGAAAAAUAUUUUUUUUAUGGCCUUGGGGGCGGUGCAGCAAUAGGUUCGCCUCCCGGUGGAGGCGGUUCUCGUGAGCUGGAUUCAUUCUCAGACACGUGUAGUUCUAUAUACAGUGAGGGGUUGGAGUCUCUGGGGGCUGAGGACAUGACAGCAGGUGGUGUGGGUGAAGGUCCUGCACCGGGGACGGAUGAUGGUGUAGUGGACCCGGCGGAGCUGGCGUCGUCGAGACUGGAGAAAUACUUCCUGACAGGAUUCAUGGGUUUCCCAGCGUCGGACCGUAACAGUAGGGACUCCGAUGGGAGUGGGAGUGUUGGCAGUGAUAGUGAAGGAAGACCCAGUCCCGAGCAGAGGCGGAAGAAGUUGGUGCGGGCUCGCGGGACAGGUAGGCAACACUCUUCAUCUUUGGACAAUCUCGUGAGCGGGGAAUUAUCGGGGGCGGAGCAGCAGCAGUCGGAACUUCAGGAGUCUGAAGAUUCCUCCAGCACGGAGACAGACACUCACCACGAAGAUGGCGGCUCUUCUUCAUUGUCCCUUACUACUUCCGGUUUUGAAAAACCCGACGGACAGUUCGACACUGUUAAGAGGAAGAAGAAAAAACGCAGUGUUUCGAGUAGUGCGGGUGGACGCGUGUCCCCUGCUUCAUUACCUUCAUUGGAUGAUAAGAAAGACUGUCUCUCGGCAAAGUCUCCUGUUGGGGAGUCCACUUCGGAUAAAAUACUUGCAUCCUCAGAGGAACUGUCCACUCUAGGUAUUGGUCAUGAUGACAACUCAACGACGGACGAGGAAGAGGGCUGCAAGACGCCCCAGCCAGAGUUCCUGUUACUGCCUGCCUCCGAACUGUCAGCUUCGCGCAGUAAGCAACAGAGUAGGGACAGUGGCUUUAUAGGCAGCUGCGAUGAUUUGCUGAAGGAACAGCGAACGGGUAGCGACUCCAGUAGUUCCAGUAAUAACAACGACUCACCUUCUGCAGCAGUCACACAGAGAGCGAAACAAGCGUCCGUCAGUUCGAUUACAGAAGAGCUGAAAAAGAGAGGUACAAUAACUGCUAGUGUGUUAGAUGUGGGUGUAGGAAGUACACUGCCGGUAGUUGAGGAAGGUGUAGGUGAUAGCAGUAAAGCUCCACACGUGAUGAAUACUUCGUCCAUCCCUCCUGCUACCUCCCUGACUCGGAAGGACUCUUUCAAUAAUUGGAGUUCUGACGAGGAAACUAACCUCAUGAUGUCCAAGAUGAGAGCAUUCUUCAAAACAAUGGUUGCCGCAUCGUCGUCUACCCAAGGGCAGCAGAAGACUCCGCAAGCAAGUCCCAGUACUCGGCAACGGGGCACGAAACCGCCGCAGUUGGUGUAUUUUGAAAAUGAACUAACACGUUUAAUGAAGACAGUACCCGGUAUCAGAGACGAACAAGUGCGGGAGAUAGUGGAGUACCUGAGUAGCGAGGAUACAUGGAGCGAUUCGUAUGACUCCUCAGACUACACAAGCUCCGACCUGGAGGGCGCCUAUUAUAUGCAGCAACAGGGAAAAGUAGGUGCCGGGGUCGUGGGAGGGAAGUCUGAGUUACAGGAGCAGAUAUCAGCAAGCUGUCAGCAGAUCAUUAACAAGUUCGAUACAAGUCUUGAGGAUGAUGAGGAUCAGGAAGACAAGGGCUGUGGAUUGAACCGUGACACUGCGUUCGUGUAUCAGCGUCUAGUAGCUUCUUUCAAUAAGAUGGCUGGAGACCAACAGAAUGGCGGCUCUGGCCAGAAAGGCAGUCACAGCCCUAGUUCCGAUUCUACCCCCUACAGUUCCCCUCCCCUUAUCGCUAAAGUCAUGCAUCACAUUGGGAGUCGUCUUGUGGCCCUAAUGCACGAGGUGUCUGGUGGGGAGGGUCUGGGAGCUACCACAUCGAGCCCCAAGGUACGAUAUCACCACCGUCGUCUACAAGCUAAGUUAUCCGCGGCGUCCACGACGACAGAUGACGACAGCCACACGGAUACAGAGCAGUCGGGCGUAGAGUUACCUGGACUUCCCCGCAGUAAGUCCCAUGAUCUACUUCUGGAACCAGGAACUCGUCCCAAUGGAGUAUCCUCGUCAAUGGAACUGGCGACGUCAGAGGAAAGGGAGGCGAGUGACUAUGAGAGGUUUUCGUGGCGGGGAAGUUUCGAAUCCGCCCUCAUGGCGGCUGAUUCUAGAACAAAGCUGUCUCUACUCCAGGAUUCGAACAACGCAUCGUCUACAACAGCCCUUGCGGCCAAGAGACGGUCAGCCGGCGACCUCUUGUUCGCGGGGAAGAGCUCCAGCCGGGAGCAGCUGUUGGACAGAGUGCGCAGUUGCGGCAGUAUCGGCGGAAGUGUUGAGGAUAAGAUUUGGAACGCGAGGCGGAGAAGAUCCUCUGUCCCGGAUGCGAAUACUUGUCACGCCGGUUCUGGGACGUCGGCAGACGGCGACGAUGACGAUGACACUGACGAUGAUGACGAUUCAGAUAUGAGGUCCACGACACUUCCGAGGAGUCUUCAGACUUCUUGUAGUGCGGGGACUAACUCGUUGCCACGGUUGCCAACCUCGGCGACUCCAAGUCCUGCCCCCAGUGUGUUGUCCACCGCCAGUAGUGGCGGCAUGUAUAAGUCGCAUAGUGUUCAGCAUUUCGGUCAGGGACAUGUGAAGUCUGCUCGUUAUAGGCCGCCAGGGUUCAGCAGGCUUGCCGCCCCCAAGCGAGCCGUGUCAGCCCCCGGCUUACAGCCUCUACAUCCGAGUAGGAGCAACAGAGGGGACGCAAGCAGGAGGAACAGACUGCAGCCCAACACAGCCGCCCCCGCCCCCCAAGUGAGCGGUGAUGCCAGCUUUACAGAUGAGAUACCUCCUGUAGUGUUACCUUCUCACAGCAAAAGUGCAGGUCCAUCUCCAAUAGUGGGGGCUGGUGCCCGAAAAGGUUCUGUCAGUAUUAGUUCUGAGGAGUGGCCAGCUUCUCCUGAUGAAGAUAUUGACCGUCUGGUUGCUAUUCAUCUGCAGCAAACAGGCUUGUCCACCUCACUUGGGCCACGUAGUGACUCGCUGGCGAGUGUGUACUCUGGUGCUGGUGAGGGACAUUAUGGCACUGUAACAGUGAGAGGGGAAGUGGAGUUUGGGUUGGAGUACAACUACAAGGCAGUGACAUUGGAAAUCCACGUGAAGCAGUGCCGAGACCUUGCUCCUGUCGACAGCAAGAGAAACAGAUCUGAUCCAUAUGUGAAGGUGUACUUACUACCAGACAAGUCAAAGAGUGGAAAACGAAAGACGAAGGUGAAGAAACACACACUCAAUCCCGUCUUUGAUGAGACUCUUAAGUUCCAAAUUUCUCUGGAUGAACUGGAGACAAGGACCCUAUGGCUCACAGUGUGGCAUUCGGAUAUGUUUGGCCGUAAUGACUUCCUUGGAGAGGUGAUGAUGGCUCUGGAAAGUAAGGUGUUUGAUGACCCAUCACCACAUUGGUACCCCCUACAAGAAAGGACAGAACAGUUCGAUGACUUGUUGAGCUACAAAGGUGAUCUGAUCAUCGGACUCAAGUUUGUUCCUCCAAAUGUAACAUCAGCCAUUCAUAAGAAGGGAAAACGAUCAUCUCGUGGCUCCUUACAUGUACUAGUUAAAGGGGCCAAGAAUCUAACAGCUGUGAAAGCUAAUGGAACAUCUGAUCCCUUCUGCAAGAGCUACUUACUGCCUGACAAAGGACGUAGCUCUAAGCAGAAGACACCUGUUCUGAGGCGAACCUGUAGUCCUAUCUGGAACUAUACAUUUAUCUAUGAGGAUGUGAGUCUUCAGGAACUGUCGGAGCGCAGUCUGGAGCUGACAGUGUGGGAUCGAGAUAGAUUGUCCAGCAAUGAGUUUCUUGGUGGUCUUCGCUUCAACUUGGGUUCAGGCAAACAUUAUGGCAAGGUAGUGGAAUGGAUGGAUGCUACAGGCGAGGAAAUAACGUUGUGGAAGCGCAUGCUAGAGCGACCUGGUCUCUGGGUAGAGGGCUGUCUCACGCUACGAUCUUCAUUAGAGCACCAAAACUCCUAAGAGCAUACCCCUGCUAUCCAGAAGAGCAUUGUUAUGAGCAUGAAUGCAAAUUCUUUGCAUCUUUAUUGUAGGCAUGUGCUGAAUACUCAUGGGUUAAAUGUUAAGUUGGAGUUUGUUCAUGUGUCAUGGAGUGUUUACCUAUUUGCCAUUCUGUAUUGCCAAGAUAUUUAUUAGCUGUAGUGACCAGCAUGAAGAAACCAAAAUGUUAAUAAAAUACUUUCUGUUUUUUUAGGAACUAUUAAGAUGUCGUUUUGUUUGCGUGUGUGUAUUCAAGGUCAUUGACCAUACCACAAGCUUCUCUGUAGUUUUUCUUGAUUUUCUCUAAAUAUGGGUGGCAUUUAUGUUUCCUAAAAUGUCAUCAUUCAUAAAUUGACUUUGAUUCUAGUUUAUUUGACAUGGUCAAAAAUAUGGAAGAACUAUAAUCCUUGUCUUUUCAGAAACGGAGGUAUUAUUCUAAUAUGUAGUAUGUCAGUUGGUGUUAUAUGAAUGUAACUCUCAAAGCAUACACUAGCACAACUGACAAGGAGUUUGGGUGAAAUCACAGCAUCUGUAUUAGUCAUUUAUCCAAUGUUCCUAAGCUGUUUGUUCUUAUGUAUGCCCAAGAAUAUUGCAACAUCUUUAUUUUAAAUAAUAUACAUAAUUGUACUUUAAGGUAUGUAAUCGUCUGUUUCUAUGUAUAUAUGUGUGUGUGUCCUGAAAAUCGCGUUCUCCUUCAUGCACCAAAAUCUUCUCAGCCAAUUUGUUAUGUCAGAAUUGAGUUAAAAACCAGGAUAUACAGGGCUCUAAACUGUCUCCAUCAUCAAAGAUGGUGGUUAAUAAACACAGAGCAGGUGCCUGAAUCUUUCUCAGUUCUAAGGUUCUUAUGAUAGUGUAUAACACUCAGCAUUACUGAAUUUUUGGACUUUGUCCAUUGUCCAACAUUCUAAAGAACACAACAUUUCAGAAACUGGUUCUUCCAUCUUUAGAUGAAAGGGUAGGAGGCACCUGUGGAUGGAAACAGAUCCAGUUUCAAAAACAUUGUGUUCUUUAGCAUACCAAGUGACAUCCAAUAACUCAUUAAUUUUAAGUGGUUUGUUUUUAAUUCAACUCUGAUGUAUUUGCUCACUGAAGAAGAUUUUUGUUCCUUUACUCAUUGUGAAAGUUUUGAAAUCUACUUGAUACACUCUCAGCUUCCUUACAUAAGUAUAAUGUGUGCAAUUUUAUUUUAUUUUAUGCUGUUUAAUUCAGUUAAUUACCUGAAAAUUUACCUGUGUCUGCUAUACAGGAUAAUAUUUUCCCAUUUGUGAAGUGUAAAUGCUAUGAAUUGAAAGGUUAAUGCAUUCCAGUGCAGGAAGUUAGUCUUAUUAUUUCUAAUAAGAUCUAAGAUUAUUUCUGUUGAAUGAAUAGUUAAUUUAAAUACUCUUUAUGUACAAUAUUUUAGUACAUUAAGUGCGGCAAUAAAACAUUUAAUUUUACUAUAUUUUAUUGUGUUAUUUACAUCAAAGGAUGAUGUAAUUAUUAUGGAUUACAUAUUGCUAAAAUUCGUAAUUUAUCAUUUCCAAGGUUUUGCAAAUACAAAUGUUGCUAUUAAACGAACAGAAGAUGCCUAAUGAUAAUUCAUUCAAUGUAAUUGUUCCAUAAAAUUCAGUGCAAUAAAAGUUCACUGGCUGCAAGGGGUCCAGCAUAGAGUGUUAUUGGGUCUGUGCCUGUAAUAAUCUUUACUUGGAAAAUCACUUAAUAUGGACUUCGACUUGUAUCAUGUGUGGACUGGUAGCAUUGUGUUGCUCAAUUGUUGUCACUUGAUUCUGUGAUGAAGGUGACUACAUGACUGAAACUAAUAAAAGUUAAAUUAUUAAAUGUCAUUAACCUCACAGAUUCAGGUGUUGGUGUGCAAGUGUUUCUCAAACUUAAGAUAGAGAAAGACCCAUUGAUAUAAUAUGUUUAAAACCAGAAAGCAAUUUAAACUUUUAGAAUAAAGUAUUAUUACAAUUAUUUCAGAAUUUGUUCAUUAAAUCAUAUUGACAGUAAUGUGCAGAGUAUUAAGAUGAUCUCAGUUCUCUACUUUGGCUCACCACUUAAAAGAAACUUUCAAAAUUAAAGACAAAAUUAAAGAUCUUAGUAAGUAUGCAACGUACAUAUCCCUUAGGCCUUUGAUUCUUAACCCUUCAGCGCCAGGGGGCAUUUAAAUUGCAUCUCAACUCCAAUGCUGGUGGCUAUAUAACUAAUUAAAUCGGGGAAUGCAGCACUUAACUUAAAGCGUAAUAAACGGGGAAAAACGAGUUUUGUUUUUCAGAUUUUCACACAACAUCCAGAGAAGUAUAUAGAAUUAGAGUAAUGAUCCACACUACUUUAAAAUUAUUUUUGGGCCAGUAAGUGUAUAAAAAUUAUGAACAAUAGUAUCAUAUUACCUUAAAAAUUCAGCUGUGUGUGGUAGUUGCGGAAACACUCAAUGCCCAUGCCUCACGCAUCACACCAAUACACUGUGUCCCUUCUCCUUCCACACUUUUGACACACAACGCAGUUUCUCUGUGGUCUAGAUUUCUUCGCCGUUGGAGGAAUCUUGCUGAUAAAAUGUUGUUCUGUUAGACGGGUCACUGUGUUGUCUGAUUGAUGUGAACCUGGCACUUUAUGUUCCACAGCACUUGCAUAUUUCAUGAACAGGCCAUCAAUCAACUGAAUUCUGAAUGAUAAUUGCUGAAUUCGUUUACCUGUGUUACUCCUGUACACUAUCAUUGAAUUUGGAAUUGAGGCGUUUAGGAGCCUGCGAAACAGCUUCAUGUACCACUUAUUCAUACGCUUCCUCUCAAUCAAAUAAGAGUGAAGCAGCUGGUCCUUCAAAUCGACCCCUCCCAUUGACUUAUUGUAGUCCAAUACUGAAAGUGGUUUUGCCACCUCCUUGCCUCUAACUGUAAGAGUCCUGGUGUCGUGACUGUGAUAGGUGGAGAUCAUGGUGACUAUUUUUUUGUCAAACCACUUUGUGACAGAAACGGGUCCAUGCCAGGAUUUCGCCUUUUUUUAGUUUAGUGUUUUUCACUUUUGGAGGCACAUUCUUACGAUUCAAUUUCAGAGUGCCAACACAGUCAAUCUUGUGUGUUAUCUUCAGUAGCCUGGCUAGAGUUGGGGAAUUGUAAAAAUUAUUCAUCCACAGACCUUCAUUCAGGAGAGGUUCUACCAGUUUCAGGACAAUGGCUGAAGUUUUUUUGGUGUCCGCUGUGAUCAAGGGGGAGUCAAAUUCUGUAUCCUUGCCUGUAUAUAUGAUGAAGGACCAUAAAUACCCUGUGGUGGAGUCACACAACUCAUAAGUUUUAAUUCCAAAUUUGGCUGCCUUCAGAGGGAGGUACUGUUUGAAAGACAGAUGGCCUUUCCAAAGUUUCAUAGAUUCGUCAACUGAAAUGUCCUGGUUUGGGAGACAGAGUUCCUGAAAUUUCUUAUUGAGAUGGAAAAUUACUGGGUAAAUUUUGAAAAGUUUUUUUGGUCCUUCAAAAGUGCUGAUGUUUUCAUUGUUGGCAAAAUGCAAAAAUUUACAUAUUAGCUCCAGUCUGUCUCGCGUUAUAAUGUCUCUAAAUCCCGGUGUUGAAAUUACUCUUUUUGUUGUAAAAUAUGACUGAAGAGUUGGUUUCUGUACAAUGCCCAUGAGCAUGAACAAACCCAAGACCACAUAAAUCUCUCCCUUUGUCAUGGGUUUCCAUGCCUUAGAAUGCGACCUCACUGAUGGUUCACGCCCCCAUAGAAACUGCUCCGCGUAUCUAUUUGUUUCUGCGACUAUGGUCUCAAUAAGUUCCUUGUCGAAAAACAACUUUAAAACGUCCACAAUUUCCGUUACAUCUUUCCCAGGGCCUUGAGGUCCAACACUGCCCGUGAAAUGUUCUCUCUGACCCCUAUAGUUCUCCAUGUCCUCCCAAACGAAUUCUUGAUUUGCACUGUCAUCUUCAUCGCUGUACUCAUUUCCAACAGCAUCACUCAAGGCACGAUCAUCUAACUCGUUUUCAGUGUCAAAAUCCAAAUCUGACAGACUUUGUUUGGAAUCACUUUCAAGCAAACACUGUAAGUCCUCGUAACUCAACACAGCUGAACGUCUCUUUCUUGUCCCAGCCAUGGCAGCUACAUGCAGACUGCACUAGCUAUUUGUGGACGAAAGGGAACCUCAAGGAAUGCAAACAAGGCAUUUGUUUAUCAUAUCCAACAGCAGUCAUAUCAGAGGUCAGUGUCACGUAUCUUUCUUGUAAGGUUCUACACGUGGUUUCUCAUUCGGUUCAAGAGGCAGCACUCGUCACAGGCUGAAUGCAAAUCGAUUUUGCUUUGACCAGCAUGCAGGGAGAUCACAGACUUUGCUUCGACCAACACGCAGGGAGAUCACAGACUAUAAACCUAGCAUAUUUAGCUCUUAACUACUCCAAGAGGUGGAGAUAGAUUUGUACAGCAAUACUGCACCCUACGCGGCGAGCUACAAAACUUCAUCAGAGACUUCAAAUGUAUUAAAAAAAAAACCCCAGGAA